AUGCUGAAGCCGCGGGACCUGGGACCGGGGGCGGCCACGCGGACCUUCCUGGAGGCGAUGCGGGCGGGCCGGCUGCACCUGGGCCGCUUCGUGCUGGACGCCCUGGACGGGAGCAUCGUAGACUGCCAGGCUGAACGGGGCCGCACACCGCUUAUGUUCGCCGUGGCGCUGCAAGACCCGGCGUGGCGCUUGGCCUUCGCGCGGAUGCUGCUGGAGCGCGGGGCCACUGUCAACCUGCGCGACGACGCCGGGCGCAGCGCCCUCAGCCUGGCCUGCGAGCGCGGCCACCUGGACGCCACCCAGCUGCUGGUGCAGUUUGGCGCCGACCCGGACGCCGUGGACGCGCGAGGCUGGAGCCCGCUCAUGUACGCCGCCUCGGCCGGCCGCACAGCCGUGGUCGAGUGGCUCCUGCGCGCCUUCCGCCGCCUCGGGCAGCUGUGCCUGGAGCGCGCCGACCGCGGCGGCCGCACAGCCCUCCAGCUGGCCGCCAGCGGCGGGCACGGCCAGUGCGUGCGGGCGCUGAGAGCCGCCGGCGCCUUGAUCCUCACCUUGCCGGAGCAGCCGCCAGCCCUCAGCGCCGCCGCCGCCACUCUCUCCUCCGCCCACGUGGCGGGCGGCAGGCGGCGCUCCGAGGACGAGACAGAGGAAGCGAUGCGCCAGCAGCGGCUGUCCCACGACUCGGCGCCAAGCAAGCAGUCCUCGGAAGUGGGCCCGGGGCCCCAGUCCCUCAGAGCUCGCCCGCUGGUCCGCAGGGCCACGGCACCGGACUGCCAGAGCCUCCUGGGCUGCUAG